GCUUUGGUCGGGCGCGGAGCGUAGCUUGUUCUCGCGCGCGCACACGCCAGGCAACGGUUCACCGUGCGAUUAGGAGAAGCGUAAGCGCUAGGCACAGCGGCAACGGGUCGGUUCGGCCCGCUUUGCUUCCAGUUGGAGUGCGCGUUUCUCGAUCCGAUCGCAGGCGUGCGUCCUUGACGACUUUUAACAUCUUUUUUCCAUUAUUAUUAAAAGGCGACCGACUCGGACUAUUUUCCUUGGCGAGAAGCCGGUGCGAUUUGUUGAUUCGUUUCGUGCGUUUUUUCGAGAUCGGCUGUGCGUUUUGGAUUAUUUCAAGCCGGACCUGACUUGUUUGGAAUUUUUCAGUUUGUGGAUUCGAAUGCGAGAGAAAGGAAUAUUUGUAUAACGGUGUUGACGAAGUUAUGAGAACGCCCCAGAUGAUCGACCCGUUAGCAGAGCCGAUGGACGACUGCGACGACAUCUUCGGCCCGCCCCGCGCCUUCCCUUCCGGUUACUACACCAGAAACCGUCCCUCCAUGAUUUCCGCCAAGUACAAGCAGAAAGAGGAACGGCGCAAAGUGCUCAAGAUCAGCCUGAACAAACUAAAGAAAAUCGACGACCCCGAAGUCAGCUUGUGCCGUUCCGUGCUCAUCAAUAACACGAUGAAGCGGCUUCAGCAGGAGACCAGGGACGAGAAGCUGCAGAAACAGCAGCUUAACUAUCCCAGGUGCUACAACAAUGACAGUUUUAUCAAUAUCAAAAGCGAAUUUUUGAAGAACGAGAAGCCACCACCGCCGGCGGUCGAGACUGUGGUGAGUUCUAGUGCUCCGAUCGAAGAUUUAGUGAUAGAGACUGACUUUCAUGCCAAAUUGGAGGAAGAAAUUAACCACGCUACCCAACAUCAAUCUUCUAACGCGAGCGAAACGUCUCGUAAAAGACAGUUCGAUGAUCUGGACGAUUGUGACGUGCAGGAUGUUCUUUCGCAGUUCUACCUUCCCCCUACGCCCCGCAUGUUAACGGCUUUAGACGAGGACGAAGACGUGGAUGUUGUAACGGAAGACCCUCUAAUAAAACGCCUCAAAUUGGAGGAAACACCUCCUUCCACACCUUCUUACUCCAUCAACAACAACCUAACUGCUCGUUACACGAGCGCAACGUGUUUGGACUCUAGUGAAACAAGCUCAUUCAGUUGUGGUCACGCCUCGAUGUUCGGCGAAUUGCAAAGCAGCGUCUACCAGAGUCUGAUUACGUCGCUGGAGACGUAACAGCGUCGUGACGUCGCGGGGGAUAUGUCUGUCCCCCUCCCCCACCCCUGCUUCAAUGUGAUAGACUGGCAGUAGCUGCUCUCUUCUUCAUUCCGAGGAC